AUGGCCGACUCUGACAGUGAUGAUGACUCCGAUGCAGAGUCUUGCGGUCGCGCUGAAGACCCGACUCAUCUGGCACCAUUUGCGGUUAGCCCCACCCCCUUUGAGAAGCUCUCUUGCCUUGGCGAGGGUGCAUUCGGUGCUGUUUGGCUUGCGCGUUGCAGGGAGACUGGCAGGAACGUGGCCUUGAAGGAAGUCCCGCGGCACCUGGCAGACCCGCGCCUCCUGCACCCUGAGCGGGAUGUACUUCGCGAGGUGGCUCAGUCCAAAGAACGCGGGGCGUCGGUUAGCCCUGCGCUGACUGCGCUGGUAAGUUCUUUCGCGACCUCAUUUGCUAUUUGUUUAGCCAUGGAGUUGGUCGAGGGCGCCCACUUGCUGGAACAUGUGCGUGCAGCUGCUUGUUUGCCUGAGCCACAAGCGCAGUGGUAUGCUGCAGAGAUUGCAGGUGCUCUCAGAUGGUUACACGCUGCUGGUUGGUUGUACAGAGACUUGAAGCUCACCAACGUGAUGGUGUCAGUGUCAGAGGAGUCGUUUGGACGCGUGAAGUUGAUUGAUUACGGCUUUGCAUUCAAUGGUUCUUGGUGUGAUAAAGCUGUGGGAACCUUGCGCACCAUGGCUCCUGAAGUUAUCUGCUGUGCAGACGGCACUUGGUUGGAGAACCUGCGAUCUGCACACCCUUGCUUUGCCGCCCUCACGGGCUAUAGCCCUGCGGCAGACUGGUGGUCCUUGGGAGUUGUGCUGUACGAGAUGCUCACUGGACAGCCACCGUUCGGACACCAGGACGAUCUUGUCCUGGAGGGCUUGCAGGCUUUGCAAGCACAGCUAGCAAGUCCAGGCCUCCCAUGGCCCAGUGAUUGCACGGCAAGUAGUGCAGCCAAAGAAGCUGCCGAUUCUUUCUGCCAGAUCAAUCCUGCGGACCGACUCGGGUUCGGCGUUGAAGUGAGACACAAGGAGUUCUUCGCAUCAGUCGACUGGGACGCGGUCGACUCACACGGAGCACGAGGACCAUCGUUCGACACCACAUUGGGACACACCGCAGCCUCCGCUGCGGCCGACCCUUGUCGACCAAGACGUGGUGCACUGCCAGUGCAGUGUGAGGAGCCAGAUCCGUUCGCAGACUGGUGA